AAUCGGCAAAUUCCCGAAACUAGCUAGCCAUCGACACCCAGAUCUCUCUCGCUCGCUCGUCGGGGCGCGCCCAUGGCAUCCGCCGGCGCCGACGAGUCGGCUGCGGCGGCGCAGCCCCGGGCCGCCAUCUCGCACGUCAUCUUCGACAUGGACGGCCUCCUCCUCGACACGGAGGGCUUCUACACGGAGGUGCAGGAGAAGAUCCUUGCGAGGUACGGCAAGGUCUUCGACUGGUCCCUCAAGGCCAAGAUGAUGGGCAAGAAGGCAAUCGAGUCUGCGCGCAUCUUCGUCGACGAGUUCGGCCUCGACGGCCAGCUCACCCCCGAGCAGUUCCUAGAGGAGCGCGAGAGCAUGCUCCAGUCGCUCUUCCCAUCCUGCACUAAGCUGCCAGGGGUACUACGUCUGGUCCAUCAUCUUCAUGCCAAUGGAAUACCAAUGGCUGUUGCAACAGGAUCCCAUAAACGUCAUUUUGCACUGAAGACACAGAACCACCAGGAGUUGUUCUCCCUGAUGCAUCAUGUUGUCAUGGGGGAUGAUCCGGAGGUGAAGGCUGGCAAGCCAUCUCCUGAUAUUUUCCUUGCUGCUAUGAGGAGGUUUGAGGGCAAUGUAGAACCCAGUAAAUGCUUGGUUUUUGAAGAUGCACCAUCAGGUGUAGCAGCAGCCAAAAAUGCUGGAAUGUCUGCUGUGAUGGUCCCAGAUCCGCGGCUUGAUGCUUCAUAUCACAAAGGAGCUGACCAAGUUCUCAGUUCGUUGUUGGACUUCAAACCCAGCGAAUGGGGCUUGCCGCCUUUCAAAGAGUAGACAAAGUCCGUAUGAUGAUUUGAAAACUCCAAGGAAUGAGAGAAUUUCAAACACUCAGCAUUGAUAAGAGAAAUUUCAUAGAAUGCUGCACAAGAUUCGGUUUGUCUUAGGCCUUAGCAGUAACAAUUUGAGCAUUCUUGUUGCCCCUCGCAUUCUGUGGCAGAAAACUACUUCAUAUGACUUCCCUUCAA